AUGCCGCUCUCUCAAGAUAUACAUGGUAGUCUCCGGGACUGUGAAUUUGAUGAGAUUAAAGCGAUAAAUAGAAUUAAUACUCUAAAUGCGGCUGAGAAGCUCGCUCUGCUCUACCCGGCUCCGCUGCUGUUUCCAGGGCCUGAGGCUCGACCUUUCCGAAAUGGCCGAGCAGUCGACAAAGCCGUGCAGUACUACACUCUGGAAGAGAUUCAGAAGCACAACCACAAGAGCACCUGGCUGAUCCUGCACGCCAAGGUGUAUGAUUUGACCAAAUUUUUGGAGGAGCAUCCCGGUGGGGAAGAAGUCUUAAGGGAACAAGCUGGAGGUGAUGCUGCUGAAAACUUUGAGGAUGUUGGGCACUAUCCAGAUGCUAGAGAAUUGUCCAAAACAUUCAUCAUUGGGGAGCUGCAUCCGGAUGACAGAUCAAAGAUAACCAAGCCUCUGGAAACUCUUAUUACUGCAGUUGAUUCUAAUUCCAACUGGUGGACCAAUUGGGUGAUCCCAGCCAUCUUGGCACUGGUUGUAGCCCUGAUGUAUCACUUCUACACAUCGGAAGACUAAACACAUUCUCAGAAAUCGAUGAAGGCAAAGAUUGCUUUGGCCCCAGGAGAAAGAAGCCACUGUUAACUGCUUUGACAGAGCCCUUCACCUGAAAAUAAUCUGAAUACACCUGUUCUCCUUUUCGCCUACAUUAGACACAAAACAAACCAAAAAGAACUGUUCUCUUUCUACUUCCAAAGUUUUAGAGUGUGCCUUUUUAUUCAUCAGUUUUAUUCUGAUGUUCCAUCACUAUGUCAUUUGCUUAUUGUGGGCACAG